GUUCACUACAAAAUUUCUAUCUUAUUGAUACAUUUUAAUAAUUAAUAUUUUCAUAUAUUUUCACAUCAGAAAACUACCAAGAUGCCAGUAUUUCAUACGAAAACUAUAGAAAGCAUCCUUGAACCUGUCGCACAGCAGGUUUCAAGGCUUGUUAUUCUUCACGAAGAAGCCGAAGAUGGAAAUGCGAUGCCUGAUUUGGGUAGACCUGUACAAGCAGUUAGUAUGGCAGUGGCAAAUCUUGUAAAGGUUGGAAAAGAAACAAUAAAUUCUUCUGAUGAUGCUUUACUUAAACAAGAUAUGCCUGCAGCCUUACAACGUGUGGAGGGAGCUUCGCGUCUCUUGGAAGAAGCAUCAGCAAUGUUAAAACAAGAUCCUUAUUCUGGACCAGCUAGAAAAAAACUUAUCGAAGGAUCGCGCGGUAUUCUCCAAGGAACCAGUUCAUUAUUAUUAUGUUUCGAUGAAAGCGAAGUACGUAAAAUAAUCCGAGAAUGUAAGAGAGUAUUAGAUUAUUUGGCAGUGGCCGAAGUUAUCGAGACAAUGGAAGAUUUAGUUCAUUUCCUUAAAAAUUUAAGUCCUUGCCUCAGUAAAGUAUCGAAGGAAGUAAGCGCUCGUGAAAAAGAAUUAACUCAUCAGGUACACAGAGAAAUCCUAGUGCGCUGUUUGGAGCAAGUAAAAACACUUGCACCAAUUCUUAUCUGUUCUAUGAAAAUAUUUAUUCAUAUUAUCUCCCAAGGAGGUAAAGGAGCAGAAGAGGCCGCUGAAAAUCGUAAUUAUCUAUCCGGCAGGAUGUCAGAUGAAUUAAACGAAAUUAUUAGAGUAUUACAAUUGACAACGUACGAUGAAGAAGAGUGGGAUGCGGAUCAAUUAACAGUAUUAAAAAAAGCCCAGAGUGCCAUAGAAUCUAGAAUACGAGCUGCCUAUGAUUGGUUGGACGAUGGUCUUGCUUUACGCGGUGGCGUAGGAGAGAAAAGCCUUCGUCAAAUAGUUGAACAAGCACAGCGAUUAGCAGAGAGAUAUCUUCCUCCUUCGCAAGCAGAGCCAUUACAAAAAUUAACUUCCCAGAUCGUUACUAUGACCAAUGCUCUUUGCGAGCUAAGACAGAAUGAAAAAGGAACUACGCCUCAAGCAGAAGCUUUAGCACGUGGCAUAAAAGAGAAGACAAACGAACUUCGUAGCUCCAUCGCUUCUGCUAUUGUAGCAGCAGAUAAAUCUGGAACCACCCAAACUGCUCACACAGUUGCAGGUCGUUUAGAACAGGCCAAUAAAUGGUUACUUAAUCCGCAACACGACGACAAAGGACUUGGCCAGAGGGCAAUAGCUCUGAUUAUUCAUGAAGGGAAAAAGGUUGCCGAGGGCUUACCAGGAAUCCACAAGGCAGAGAUUUUACAAUUGUGCGACGAGGUUGACAAUCUCUCUCACCAACUGGGAGACUUGUGUGCUCAUGGUCAAGGAAAUACUCCCCGCGCUCAGGAAAUUGCCCGUCAAUUAUCGCAUAAAUUGUAUGAACUAAAAAAUAGAAUACAACAAGCGGUCGUGUCAAGAGUGGUUGAAGAUUUCAUUGAUAUAACUACACCUUUGAAACAAUUUACGGAUGCUGUGUUAGCUCCACAGGGCACACCGGGACGCGAUCAAAAUUUCAAUGAUAAAACGCAUGCUCUUCAAACGUUCUCGAAUAGAGCGGCAAAAACUGCUAGAAUGGUCGCAGCUGGCGGAAGUGGAGGAAACAAAAAGUUAGCAGAAGCAUUGACCGCGAGCGCAUCCCAAGUUGAGUCUCUAACACCGCAGUUAAUUAAUGCUGGCCGAAUUCGAAUGACUUAUGCGGACAGCAAAGCGGCCGACGAACAUUUUGAAAAUCUGCGACAACAAUACGCGGAAACAAUGCAGCGAGCACGAGCGCUAUGCGACGAAGCUACCGAUAGCGGAGAUUUUAUUCGAACUUCCGAGGAACAAAUGCAAAAACAUUCGUUUCUCUGUGAAGAGGCUAUUGCUAAAACUCAUCCGCAAAAGAUGGUCGACAAUACGGCUGCUAUUGCUAGAUUGGCUAACAGGGUAAUACUUGUUGCGAAACAAGAAAGCGAUAACAGCGAAGAUCCUGCAUUUAUUCAAAGAGUAAAUCAUGCUACGGAUAUCCUUCAAAAUAGUGUCGCUCCAAUGGUUCAAGAUGCAAAAUUAGUUGCAAUUAACAUUAAUGACAGUAACGCAGUGUCUCGUUGGAGGGAAAGUAAUCGUUCGCUUUUAGCCAAUGUUGGUCAAGUUCGUAAAGCCAUCAUCGUUCAACCAGAUUUAAUACCUCCGCCAGAGGUGUCACAAUUACAUCUUAACGAUGACGCACAAUUGCCAACCCGUCAAUAUAAUUACUUCACAGAUAAAGUUGGUGAGCCUUUAAGAAAUCAACCAUCGCCAAGCAAUUUACGUGUCAUGAGCCCUAAUCUGAACACAAAUAAAUCUCAACAACGUUCUGUCAGUCCAUUACCUAAGUGGGCGCGUGAAGGAGAUAAUCCAGAUCUCCUAUAUCAAGAACUGGCUUCUGACAACGAGUUAGAAAAAACAGUUCACAAUGGAGGCUAUCAUUAUGAUUAUAAUGACGACGAAGUUGCCCCUCCACGUCCACCUUUACCUGGUGGAGAUAUACCACCCCCGCGACCACCACCUCCAGAGACAGAUGAUGAGGAUGAAAUGUUUAUGCAUGCGCCACAACCUAAUCAGCCCAUUAUGAUGGCUGCCCAUGGAUUGCAUCAAGAAGUACGGCAAUGGUCCAGCAAAGAUAAUGAAAUUAUUGCAGCAGCAAAGAAGAUGGCUAUUCUAAUGGGUAGAUUAUCAGGUUUGGUUCGAGGAGAAGGUGGUAAUAAAAGAGACUUGAUUGCCUGUGCCAAAGCCAUUGCAGAAGCUUCUCAAGAAGUGACUCGUUUGGCUAAAGAGCUUGCUAGGGAAUGUACCGAUAAACGUAUUCGUACAAAUCUUCUUCAAGUUUGUGAACGUAUACCUACUAUAGGUACACAGUUAAAGAUAUUGUCAACUGUAAAGGCAACAAUGUUAGGUGCCCAAGGUACAGAAGAGGAUCAAGAAGCAACAGAUAUGCUUGUUGGCAAUGCUCAAAACCUCAUGCAAAGCGUGAAAGAAACGGUUCGUGCAGCAGAAUGCGCGAGCAUCAAAAUACGUACCGCGUCUGGUAUGAAGUUACGAUGGGUGAGACGUCAACCAUGGUAUCAGUAAUAAAUGGAAUGCUGCAGUAAGAAAAAGUGAUCUAAAACAGAUAAGUAAGAUUUUCUAAUAUUAAAUUCAUUUUAAUGAAUUGAUUCUAUAUAAUAUAUUUCAAGAAAGUGUUCUAACAAGGACAACAUUCAAGUAUUUACAAUUGAUUUAAUGUCUGAUGAACUGUCUGAAAAAUGAGUGUCCAUUUAAAAGAAAAAUAGUUGUUAAAUUAAUGAAUAUAAAUUAUAUAUAUACCCGCCAAAUUUUCAUACACAGAAAUAAUUAAAUCCAUUUUAAAUACCUGAACUGUAUCCUUGUAAUAAGUAUAGCAUAAUUUAUACUUAUUUUCAUAUAUACACACUCUGACAAACUAUAUGAUCAUUAUAUAAUAUACAAAUGAUAGUUUUUAAUUUAAAAAAGAAGCUAGUGACUAAUAUUACAGAUACUUUACAAAAAACUGAGAGACAUAUCUCAAUUGGUAAACUUAUAAUUCAAAAAUAUUUUUAGAUGACACAUUUAAGGGAAUGCUUAAAGCCAAUGUCUCUCAUAAUUCAAUUAAAAGAUAGAAUCUAAUUAGAGAUGACAAAGCUUAUGCCUUAUACAAAUUACCAAUUUGCAAUAUAUAUUUUUAUGUGUAUUUGCAAUAAGUGUACUUUACACAUGUGUAUACAUAUUUACCUAAAACCGGCACAAUAGAAGAAAUUUUUUAUCUACAUUUAUUAAUCCAAGAUAGUAUAAUGUAUUUUUUCAAACUAAAAAAAUUAGAAUAUAAUUUUUUAAUAGGUGCUAUCCGCCGCAAAAUACACGUAGAAAACAUUAACAUGCAAUAUUAUAUAAUAAGUAAAUAUAUUUUUGUAAUUCUUACCUAAUAAUCUUUUUAGAGAACAUACAGGGUGUUCGGCUACGGGUGGGGAUCUUUCAAGCGGGUAGCAGCUCGGAUAAUUUUGAACAACUUUUUCCAAGAAGGAAAAAGUUGUUUAAAAUCGUACCAGCUAUGCACCAAAGGAUGCUCACUCGUAGCCGAACACUCUGUACAUAGUUAUUUAGAUAUUUUCAAUGUUUUCAAACUGGUGCUAUAUGUACGUGCAAUAUAAUACAAGAUAGUGGAAGAUAACAUAAGAUUAAACAAUGUUAAACCAAAUACACGAAAUCAGUUUAAUAUGUUCUUAAAAAAAUUUAGAUUAAAUGCUAAUGUAAACAGUUAUUCGUAAUAUCAAUUUUAGUAAUAUACUCUAUGAUAAUUACAUGUAAAACUAUUUAUAAUAAAUAUUAAUUUUUAUUAUA